AGGCGCGCUGGAUUUUUGUCCACGGCCCCGCUGAGAAAUCACAGGGGGUCGGCUCGAGGUGUCCUGGGAGAUGUAGUUUCCCUCCGCUUGCCGCUUAUGGACGGGGUGGGAAACGUGGUGGCCUCCGGGGCCGCUAGGAGGCGGCCAGAGCCCAUCCUCUAUUCCUACUUCCGAAGCUCCUGCUCAUGGAGAGUUCGAAUUGCUCUGGCCUUGAAAGGCAUUGACUAUGAGACAGUACCCAUCAACCUCAUAAAGGAUGGGGGGCAACAGUUCUCUAAGGAAUUUCAGACACUGAACCCCAUGAAGCAAGUGCCAGCCCUGAGGAUUGACGGACUCAUCAUUGGCCAGUCACUGGCCAUCAUUGACUACCUGGAGGAGACUCGCCCCACUCCACCGCUCCUGCCGCAGGACCCAAAGAAGAGAGCCAGCGUGCGCGAGAUUUCUAACCUCAUCGCCAGCGGCAUCCAGCCCCUGCAGAACCUAUCUGUCCUGAAGCAGGUGGGACAGGAAAACCAGCUGACCUGGGCACAGAAGGUCAUUGCUUCUGGCUUUACUGCUCUGGAGCAGAUCCUGCAGAAAACAGCAGGGAAAUACUGUGUAGGCGAUGAGGUGUCCGUAGCGGACCUGUGCUUGGUGCCCCAGGUGGCAAAUGCUGAAAGGUUCAAAGUGGAUCUGACUCCCUACCCUACCAUCAGCCACAUCAACAAGACACUGCUGACCUUGGAAGCUUUCCAAGUGUCUCACCCCUGCCGGCAGCCAGAUACGCCACCCGAGCUAAGGGCCUAGCUCCCAAACUCUGCCCCACUGGCACAGGGCAGAGAGGAGAGACAGAGGAAGAUGUGGGGGCACGGAACAGGCCCAGAAACAAGCAAGUUGUAACUGGAAAGGCAGGAGACUUGGACUCUAACCCUCAAGCUUGAACUCUCAUUCUAAUUCUGCCUUCUCUUGAACUUCUUGCUGCCUCAAUCUUGUCAUGUGUCAAGAGUUGGGUGGGAGAAAUAUUACCUGCUAUGUAUGAUAGAGCAGUCGUGGAGAAAACAGAUUAAAAUGAUGGGCAAGUUUACUGAGA